UUCAGCUUUAUUUUCCCCGCGCAGUUUCGAUCGAAACGCAACAAAACCACCACUGCUGUAGAUCAUACCUUGGCUACUGGAGAUUUUGUCAACGUGUUAUUACAACGUGAACAGAGCGACCAUGGACAUGGAGGAUUAUUUUGAAAUAUUUUACACGCAUCCCGAUGAGAUGAUCGGUGCAAGUCGACAGAAGCAAAACUACGCCAUGCACAGACAGCUCAGCGAUUUCGAAAGAUACAUCCAAAGAGCCGAUAACCUCUUCUCCAUCGAGAGACUUUACCGGGAGCUCAAGUGCAUCGUGCCCCCGAACCAGACCGUCAACUCACUCCAGACCCUCCGCCAGGUCGUACACAGAGCUCCUCGGUCGACACACCGACGAAUCAGCAACAUCUUCUUCAAAACCUUCUUCGAGUAUGUGGGUUACCUCAGACGGUUGUCCAGGGUCUUCAAAGAGAGAAUCCACACCGUGUUAUUCGACUUCUUCUACGAUACGAUGUUUAUUAGACUUCAGAAUACAGAAGCGAAGGGCACGGGGGCGAAGAAGGGCAAGUCGUCCAAGAAGGGACCUGCUCAAGAUUUAGCACCAGACGUGGCUUCUGAAGUAGGGGAGCUUUGUCAGCAGUUGUCAUGCACCGUUGACGGUAUAGAAGAGACUAUCUCGUCUUGGGAGAAGCUACUUGAGGAGACGGAAGUCGAUUCAACUCUCUUUGACGCCAGCUCCGAGCACAGCAUCAGCCAGUUCAAGGACUGUACGAGGUUUCAGAGUAUUCUAAGGCUUGUUCCGGACGUGCUUAAUAAGAGCCGUAUGGCUGUCAUAUUUGCAAGGGCGUGGUGGUACAAGGCAGAGAAGAUUCGGCGAAAGCUUGGCCCGAAUUCUGAAUGUGGUAGUGACUGGUCAUCGCCAGACUCCGACUUACCUGUAAUGCCUAAGACCGUUCCGAAAAACAGCAAAAGACAGAAAGAGGAAACUCAUGUCAAGGAUCAACCCAUGACACAACCAGCUGUGUUCAGACGACAAAUAAAGAAGGUAAGAAGCAUGGAAGAGCUAGAUGCCGAAAGGAAGGAGCUUGUCAAACAAAGAAGGGCACCCUUACGCAAUAAACCAACCAAUCCAGCCGGUCGCAGUGAAAAGGCUUUGGAUAAACCCGAUGUCGGCAACCAAGGGGCAAAGCAGCAAAAAGAGCAGCCGGGAAACGAAGAGUCCUUCCCCAAAAGGGCGAUUCCAAAAAAACAGUCGAAGAAUCCCUCUCAUUCAGAAAAACCUGUUGGAAGCCGAAAGGGCCAAAAAAGAGGAGAAACUAUUCCAGAACCAAUUUCAGAAGAGUCUGCAGGACCAGGCGCUGCUGAAGAACCAAUGCCUCAUAAUGUUAGCCAACAGCCCCGGAAAGCAAGACCUGCAGGUCAAAUCCAAACGAAAGGCACUCAGAGAAACAAAGUCAAGCCUUCUCCUCCUACCUUGAGGGAUCACGAUCGUGGUGGGAGAAAUAAAAGUGAACCAGAACCAGAAACGUUGGGAGAUGAACAGAUAGUUGAAAGCCAGACGACGAACCGAGCUAGCACAGUCACUAAAGAAAGAAAUCAGAACAGAUCAAAGCAGUUGAAGCAGGAGUCUACUACCAUCAGAGGCAAGAAGCAGAUGCAACAAGAAAAUCAAAGUACUGGAGAUACAGUGGUAGAGGACAACAGGAACAUGAAACAGAAACACACUCCCAACAGAAACAACCAGAAGGCAUCGAACGAGCAGCAUGGCAAAAAACAGCACCCUGCCGAAACCGUCCCUACAAAAAAGACGAACAGAUCUAAAGACGGCCCAAAACAACCCCCUGAAGAAUAUGUCCCAACUAAAAAGAUCCACAAAUCGAAAGCCUCUUCAGUUCACACGAGGAAGGCAAAAGACAACGCCAACCCACCUCCUAAAUCAAACAAACAUGACACCGAAGGCGAGCAGUCUGAUGUCGACAACCUCACUUGGCAAGAGAAGAAACUUGAGAAGCUGCGUCAGAAAUUUGACGAAGCAAUCGAGGGCAAGGAGAUUCAACAUGCAGCUUUUCAACUCAUGGUCGGGCAGAAAGAAAGCUUGAUUCGAGACAUUGAGAAAUACCACGGCUACUACCGGCACAACCGUAUACUGAAGGCACGAGUGAUUCUCCUGAUAGGUAAAACGAGGGAGUGGAAGGAAGAGACCAAGUUGUUGGACUACCAGUGCAGACUUCUCAAAGAAGACCUGGACCUAGAAAUGCAGAUAGAUGCCUCUUUCAUCAGUUCCAAUGAUGAACUCCAAGACAAAAUAGACGUCUUGGCCACGAUGGUUGAAGACGAGCGAAUGGAACUCAAGCAGCUGGAGAGGGAUCUUGGUUUCAUGAAACAGGCAACGAUUCAUCGCGGAAUCCCAUACGACUCAGACUACGAUGACCUGUUGGAGUUCGGGAAUUUCAAGCGGUACGGCUACCGGUACCAGGCCCUUGGCGGUAGCCUUCGACCUUCGAGGAACCUAAAACUGCUGCCGUGGAACGCAGAUCCUUUCAUCGGGAAGAGCUUACAGAGUCAAUAUGAGAAAGGCACAUGGAGGUCGAUGGAAUCUCUGUCGAGUCACGGUAGCAGUCUUGGCUUCUCGUACGGUGGGGCCACCGAGGAGGACGACACGGGAGGGGAUUCCGGCUUCACGCGGGACAGUGAUGAGCCAGACCUGAACGAAAAACCAGGGGUUAAGUCCAAGCAGGCAGCCGUGCGAGGGAAGACAUCAGACCGCUUGAAGGAAGCAGCCGAUGAGCUCGAGUACGAGCAAGACUCGUCGUCGGAUACUGAAGACAACACCGAGAACGGUCCCCGUAUAUACGAUCGGAAAAGGGAGCUCCCGUUCAUCCCCGUAUAAUAAAAGUAUAAUUAUUGAUAAUGGGGGACCCAAAAGUCUGAACCAAUCGAUCAAUUUUUAACAACAUUUUAUUUCCAUACAAACAUUAUAAGCAAUUUGAUUUUACAAAACUGAAAUUGUGCGGAGGCAUGACCCAUU